AUGGCGUCGCUGCCGCUGCCGCGAGGCUACUUUAACAUGAGCAACAUGACCGAGGCCGAGCGGCUGCAGUACGCCGAGUACGCUGAGUCGGCGAUCCGCAAGGUGUUUGCGCUCUCGGACUUCCACAAGAACUCGUGGGUGCCCGUGCACGAGAAGAAGGGCGUGUCGGUCUACCGCAACUUUACCGCCAAGCCGCGCCUCGCGCCCAACGUCAGCAAGAGCAACAUCGCCGAGGUCGGCUGCAAGAGCUCGCUGCAAGCGUCGCUCGACGACAUUGCGCGCGCCUUCUCGGCCCACGACGACGGCCUCUUUCGUCGUCUCAUGAAGAAACUCAACCCGCGCGUGGUCGACGCCGCCGUGCUCCAGAGCAUCGUGCCACGCACGGCGUCGAAUCCGUACCGGUACGUCGGCAUCAAGUGGUAUGCGACCAAGUCGGCGAGCAUGAUGGUGACCAACCGCGACUACUGCGUGCUCGAGGUGCUCGACCGCAUCGUCGACGCGCGCGGCAACGACAUGCUUGUGCGCGUUUUGAGCUCGAUCGACCUGCCCGAGUGCCCGUCGCUCGAAGCGUCGCAUGGGUUU